UUUUAGAACAGCAACCAGCCAUCUGUGCAGCUCUGCUUUCUGCAGAAGUUAGGAAGAGUGAAAAAGAAAUUUUCACAUUAAGUGAGUCUGACAUCACAUGUGCAGAAGAAGUUGUCAGGGCACUCAAGCCUAUGAAGGACGCCACCCUGGUGAUGUCAGAGGAGAGUAUGCCAACCCUGUCCAUCAUUGCUCCUCUUCAUGCCAAGCUUGUGAUGGGUGCACAAGAAAGUGUUGAUGAUACACCGACAGUAAGGGACAUUAAGACUGCCAUAGCAGAAGAUCUGGGAAAGAGAUAUGUAAAUGAGAGGGAGACACUAUGGAUGGCAUCAACUGUUGAUCCUCGGUUUAAGGACCUGCCCUUCCUGUCUGAAGCAGAGACCAGUGAGACCUAUUCCAGACUGUUGGACACUGUGGUGACUGUGAUAAAGAAGGAAAAAAUCAGCAAGAGAAUAAGGAGACUGACAAACAGGUGGAGGAAGAGAAUGCCACAGAGGAGGCUCAUCACCCACAUAUCAAAGACAGCUUUGACUCCAUCCCUCGGCCACCCCUAAAGAGACAGAGGACCUCAUGUGCAUUGGUGGACUUGCUCGGAGCUACGUUUGCCUCUACUAGUGACAAUACUGCACCAAAAUCAGAACAUGAUGUUGCUGCAGCUGAGAUCAAAAGGUAUAGAGAUGAGAC